AUGAAUGGAAUCGCCUACACCCGCUCCUCCUCAUUUGAGGAGGGCGGGCAGGUCGACGACGCCGCCGCCGCCGUCGACCAGCAGCAGGCCCAGAGCCUGCCCAACGAGAUCCUCCGCUCCAUCUUUCUCUACUGCGACCCCGCCACCCUCUACACCUCGAUCCGCCCCAUCAGCCGCGCCUGGAAGCACGCCGUCGAGCACGAGCUCAUCGCCUCGCACUUUGCCAACGCAGACUGGCGCGUCGGCCUUCGCGUCGUGCGCAAGCUCCCACCCCCUUCGCCCCUGCUGCCGCAGCCCACCGUGGCCACCGGCGAUGCCCAGCUCGACCGUCUCAACAUCCUCGAUCGCCACGGCGCCACCGAGCCCGUCGCACCUGCUCCGGCAGCUUCGCCCGCUACGGCUGCGUCCCAGCCUCAGUCGAUCGUCCACGUCAUCCCCCUCCGCUUCAAGGGCUACGACGGCGACACUGUCUCGCUCCUCUUUGACACCGAGGCCGACUGGCACUCGCUUUUUCGCGUGCAGCAGCCCAUCGAGGGCGAAGAGGACGAAAACGACGACGACGAUGAAGAGGAGGACGACGACGACGACAGUGACGGCGAUGACGGCGAUGACGACGAGGGCAGCGAACAGCGCCAGUCGGCGUCGGCGUCGCAGCGCCGUCGCAUCGAGCAGGCCGAGGCAAAGGCCUGCUCGGCUCGCCUCGAGGCCGACUUCGGGCUGGUAUGGCGCUUCCCCGACGACGGCCAGGACAGCGACGGCGCCGACGACUCUCGCAAGAAUGGGGAUGACGCCGCUUCUUGGGGCGUCCCAGACCCCGAAAACGGCUGGCUGAGCCGCUUCUACUGCUCCAAGUACGACCUGCAGCAGCAGGACCAGCAGGACCAGCAAGGCGCCGCCCGCCGGCUGCGCUCGACCCCCAUCGCGGCCAGGACGCGUCGCCACGGCCUCCACCCCACCCUGCAGCGCUCGACGGACGACGGCGCCGACAGCGACGACGCCUCGGUGCCCGCCUCGCGUGACGAGCGCAGCCCCGGCGACCUCGUCUGGAGCGACGAGGGUCACGAGUACCUCAGCUUCAGCCUGUCGCUCGGCAUGGAGUUCUUUGUCCGACGCUCGGCGCGCGCCAACCAGCUGCUGCGUCGUCUCGAGGCCGAGGCCGCCGCCGCCGACGCCCGCGACGCCAUGCAGGCCUCGGCCAAGGGUGCGCGGAGCGGCAAGAAGCGCUGGGGAGCGUCCGCGCUGGCGGGCAGCACCUCGGCCUCCGGCUGGGUCACGCCCAAGGAGGUGGCCAGCCCGCCUCCCUCGCGCACCACUGCUUCGCUCGACGCUCGUCGCCAGAAGCAGAAGCCUCGUAUCCAGCAGCUCGACGGCCUCCUCUCGAGCGACUGCGCCAACGCCUCGGCCAAGUCCAAGGGCAAGCAGUCCGCCUCCAGCUCCGCGCUUGCCGAGAUCGAGGAGUGGGACGCUCCGCUGCCUUCUGGCGCCGUGACGCCGGCGGUGGCCAUGUCGAUGUCGUCUUCUUCUUCUUCUUCUUCGUCGUCGUCGUCGAUGCCGCUGGGCGGCGGCGGAGGGCUGUCGUCGGCAGCCAUGUCGCGCCUCGCCUCGGUUGCGCCCUCCCGUCGUGGAGGCGGCAGCGUCGCCCUCAGCGGCACGCAGACGGCCAAGAGUGGAUCGCGCCGGAGCAACAGCAGCACGCCGCGCGCCACGUUUACCGCGCGCCUGUGCCGCGGCGAGCUGAUGCCCUCGCUCCCCGCCCGCUCCGGCUGCAACACCGACGACGACGGCGACGACGAUGCCGACAAGGUCAUCGCCGACGCUGCUGGAUGGCAGGGCGGCGAUGCUCUGGGCAAGGGCUCGUUCCGGCUGGCCCAGGCGCCGUCGUCGCGCUGCCACCUGCAUGCCGCCCUGCGCACCGGCGUCCCCGCCCCCGCCGUCUGGAGCUGGACUCGAUGA